AUGCUUUCUACCGAUUACCCUUCCUCUACGGAGCAAGACCUGGAUGCAGAGAUCGCAUCCAUCCGAGCAGAAAUCCGAACCCUCCAAAAGCGAAAACGAUUCCUCUCCUCCAGCCUCUUGUCCUCCGACCACAUCCAGAAACGACUCAAACGUCGAUCUUCCCCCCCCGCGCCCACACCCACAACCAGUCUACAAGCGGACGCUUCCAUAUCCCCCCUGGUCGAGUCGGCAGGGAAACAUGCCCAGUCGAACCACUAUCGCAUCGCAUUCGGGGUAACGGCGUUUCCGUUUCAAGAUCCAUCUUCUUCGGAUGCGGAUGGUGACGAAAAUGAUGACAAUCAUCUUCUCGGCAUACGAAUCGAUAUCGCGACGCGAAAUGGGAAGUUCGCGAAACCGUACUACGUGCUUUUGAAACGGGAACGAGGUAAUACUCAUCGUCAUCGGACACAUCUUCGAGUUCACAGACAUACCAUCCCGGCCUUUAUUCCAAUGGAGAAACUAGAGAGACUGUAUUUGCCUCGUGCCGAGGAGGCAAAAGAUAUCGAUGUUGACGACGACGGAGAAAGCGAACCGACCAUUGAGCCAGGGAAGACUAAAGUCCCCCGAACAGGAAGACAAGAUCUCUACGCUCUCGUUCGAGAGCUGCACAAGGAAUUAGUUUCGUGGCAUCGGCGGGUUGAUGCCAUAGAUAUGCUACGUGAUGAAUUGGGCUUGUCGUCCGAUACCUCUACACUGCCGGAGGAUGGGAAAGUGGAUCCUGACUCUGUCCACGCUUCGAAGGCUUUGGGGAUUGCUUCAUUGUCUGCGACGUCGCUAGAGGCGCGGUAUGUUCGGCUAGAAUGGGCAGACGGACGCGUGGGUAGAUUCAAGGUCUCGAAUUCCGGGAUGGUGGAGCGGGCAGUCGUCAUCGGCCUGGACAGCAGGAGGGAUAAAUUUUUGGAGAAUGCACUCGCUGGCAGGGAUGGAAGGGUGGAGGGUGUCCUUGAUAGACUGCGAUCUGCAUAG